AUGGCAGAGUUGUGGGCCUUAAGGGAUGGUCUUCUAUUAGCUAAGGAGAUGGAGUUAAGCAACCUCAUCAUUGAGUUAGAUGCUUUAAGUAUUGUUCUACUCAUGAAUAACAAUACCGACAAUUUGUUAAUGGAGCCGUUGCUUACUGAUUGCAGGAACCUGGUGAAAGAGAUUCCCAACAAGCAGAUAAUCCACAGCUAUAGGGAAGCUAACCAAUGUGCUGAUGCGUUGGCCAAGCUUGGAGCUAAUAGCCUAGACUCUUUUGUAAUUUUUUUGUACCCGCCGCCUGUGGUGGAUAUUUUGUUAGCGGCUGAUAAAGCUUGCAUUCGUUGUAACAGAUUUAUAAAUUCCUAA